AUGGCAGGUCUGGAUAACCAGACCAAGAUCAUCGCUCUGCUUGGUAUUGAUAUCGUUUUUUUCUUCAUCGAAAUUAUCAGUGGAUAUGCUGUAGGCUCUCUUGCUUUGGUGGCGGACAGUUUCCACAUGCUCAAUGACAUCAUGUCCCUCGUUGUUGCUUUGUAUGCUGUAAGAUUAGUGCAAAAAGGUGGUCAAAGCCCGAAAUAUUCGUACGGAUGGCAGCGUGCGGAAAUUCUUGGUGCUUUAUUCAACGGAGUGUUUCUGAUGGCCUUGUGCUUUAGCAUUUUCAUGGAGGCGCUAGAACGCCUCAUCGCUAAGCCUCAAGUUUCAAAUCCACAUGUAGUAGUAACUGUGGGUUCGCUAGGCCUUCUUUCAAACAUUGUGGGCCUUUGCCUAUUUCAUGGGCACGGUCAUGUUCACGGGCACAACCACAGCCAUGAUCAUGGUCACGAUCAUGAUAUUGAGAAUGGCACAUCCCACCACCAUGAUAUGGAACAGGGACACGAGAAUCACCACGUGCACAAAUCAGACCGUGACCAACAUCAAAAUGGCAAUCGUGAAGGACGGCAGCAUCUGCAUGGUCAUGAGCAUGCCCAUGGCCGCAGGACAGAAAGUGCGACAGAGCGAACGACUCGUACGAAGAACGAAGAAGCUGAACUUGGCCAGAAAGUGCGUGACAUCGUAGGUCAUCCUGCCAAGGCACGCGCAUUUGUCAUGGACAAGGCACAUUCGCUCGGGUAUGACACCGCGUCUUCGAAACAUGAUAGUGAGCACCAUCGCCUGUUGUCACCUCGUACAACUUCAAGCUCUUACGGGGCAGUCAAUUUGCCGAGCGCCUCAGUGUCACCAUCGCGCCAACGUCGCCUGUCACAUGCUGAAGCUUCUACCGAGGAAGAUGUGCGCCGGCACCGUCAGUCCAUUGGCUCGGGUGCCCACACCCACGAUAACAUGAACAUGACAGGCGUGUUUUUGCACGUGCUAGGUGAUGCCAUCGGCAACGUUGGCGUCAUUUUUGCCGGCGCAUUUAUCCUUUUCACAGAGUACAGCUGGCGCCAUUACGCUGAUCCGGUCAUCUCUUUUAUUAUUGCGUGUAUUAUAUUCCACUCUGCUUUGCCUCUGGUAAAGUCAGCAUCGUUUAUUCUCCUCCAAGGCGUCCCAACAACUGUUUCGUUGGACGGCGUGCGCGAUUCGGUACUUCGUAUUGAGGGUGUUUUGAGUGUGCAUGACUUGCAUGUAUGGCAGCUGAAUGAGAACAAAAUCGUCGCGAGUCUGCACGUCAUGGUUGACUGCUCCGGUGAACAGACCACACGUUAUAUGUUCAUCGCUGACCAAGUUCGCAGAACAUUGCACAUUUGGGGUAUUCAUUCGUCGACGAUCCAGCCAGAAUUCGUUCCCGGCGGAUUGAAAGAGGCAGCGGAACUAAGUGGUGUGGCUGUUCAGGACCGUUUUGAUGAGCAUGGUCGUCUGCUCACGCCCGACGGUCAUCUUGUGAGAGAAGAAGUCGCUUCCGGAUUGAACUCCGCGUGUCUUUUGGCGUGUGAUGGCGACGAGUGUCGCGAUGCUCAGUGUUGCGAGAUGCCCUCUUCUGGCAAGAGUUCUGCUACUCCGUAG